UUUUUUUUCCUUUCUCCAGUGUAUUUUCUGUGUUCCCUACUAGUGGGAUCACUGCAUAUGCCAAGUUUCACAGUGUGGUUUACACGUGCUGCUCUCGCCCGGGAUUAGGGUCACGUCUGAUACACCGACGCUGAGAAUUGUUCCAGGAGUAUCGGAGAUACUUGCUGUUGUCAGGUGCUGAGAUGAAUCGUCACCUCUGUGUUUGGCUCUUUAGACAUUCAUUUCUUCAUGGUCACCACCAGGGCCACAUCCAUCCUCCUUCUCGUCAGUUUACACAGGUACAUCUUAAUACAAGGCUGUGGGUUUUUAGACAAAACAGGAAUCACAUUCUCCAUCAUCUGGCAAAUAAGAAUUGGCCCAAGAGAUACUGUCAUCAACACACCAAGAUGUUCUGGAAGCAUAAAGCAGUGCAGAAAUAUAUGGAGGACCUGAAUAAGGAGUACCAAACACUUGAUCAGUGCUUACAGCAUAUCUCUGUGAAUCAAGGGGACCAAAGGUCCUUGAAUCAAAGACAUGCUGAGUUGGCACCGUUUGCAGCGAUUUAUCAAGAAAUUCAGGAGGCUGAACAAGCAAUUGAAGAAUUAGAAUCAAUGUGUGAAAGUCUAAAUGAACAAAAUGAAAAGCAGUUACAAGAACUUGCACUGGAAGAGAAGCAAACCAUUGGUCAAAAAAUCAACGUAUUAUAUAGUAAGCUUUUCCAGAAUCUAGUACCAAAGGAGAAGUAUGACAAAAAUGAUGUUAUUUUAGAGGUGACAUCUGGAAGAACUACUGGAGGUGAUAUUUGCCAACAAUUUACCCGAGAAAUAUUUGACAUGUACCAGAAUUAUUCAGGCUAUAAACACUGGAAAUUUGAACUUCUGAAUUAUACACCUGCUGAUUAUGGAACUCCAGCUGUAUUGGACUUACUAAGAGAUAGUAUGUCCACCUCUGGUGGGCUGCAUCAUGCAGCUGCCCGUAUUUCUGGUGACAAUGUCUAUAAGCAUUUGAAGUAUGAAGGUGGGAUUCACCGAGUUCAGCGAAUCCCUGAGGUGGGCCUGUCUUCAAGGAUGCAGCGUAUUCACACAGGAACAAUGUCAGUCAUUGUCCUCCCUCAACCAGAUGAGGUAGAUGUUAAAGUGGACCCCAAGGAUUUACGAAUAGAUACAUUUCGAGCCAAAGGAGCUGGAGGCCAGCAUGUUAAUACAACUGAUAGUGCUGUCAGACUUGUCCAUGUCCCCACAGGGCUUGUCGUAGAAUGCCAACAAGAACGAUCACAAAUAAAAAAUAAAGAAAUAGCUUUGCGUGUGUUGAGAGCUAGACUCUACCAGCAGAUUAUUGAGAAAGACAAGUGUCAACAACAAAGUGCUAGAAAACUGCAGGUGGGAACAAGAGCCCAGUCAGAGAGAAUUCGGACAUAUAAUUUCACCCAGGACAGAGUCACUGACCACAGGAUAGCAUAUGAAGUUCGUGAUAUUAAGAAAUUUUUAUGUGGGGAGAAGUGCCUGGAUCAGCUAAUUCAGAGACUACUUCAGUCAGCAGAUGAAGAAGCCAUUAUUGAAUUUUUAGAUGAAAACUUUAAAUCAACAAAAUGCUGAUUUAUUAUUUAUUACUACAUAACUGAAAUGGACCUUUGCCAGUGGAAGUCUUCGAGAAUGUUCACAAAGUACAACUAAAUAUACACAAUACUUACAAA